AUGUCUUCCAAAGACGCCCUGUUCGACGACAUCCUCGACCUGGAAGAGCGCACCUGGCGUGCACUGCAAAAGACGGGGCGGGACCUCGUGCCUUUCCUAACCCGCGACUGCAUCAUGAUGUUUCCCAUGGGGAUGAAAGUGACCGCCAAGACAGAACCCAACGUGCAGGACAUCCUGCACUCUCCGGCGUUUGUCCCCUGGAAGACGUUCGAUCUGAGGAACGUGGAUGUCACUCCGAUAGGAAGCGAUGGGGUCAUUAUCAGUUACCGGGCCAUUGCCACGAGGGCACCUUCUUCCUCGGAUGAUCCUAGGGAUGUGGAAUUCGACGCUCUCUGCUCUAGUGUCUGGAGGAUGGACGGGGGGAAAUGGAUGAUGGCUUUCCAUCAGCAGACUAUGACGACCUAG